AUGAAUCGGUCAGCAAAGGCGCAUAGGUCGACAAAGAUCCCCAACGUCAAGCUACGUCCUGCGCAAAGAGGAAUCGCAUCAGCCGCCGAAUCUUCAUCCUCGUCCACCAAGCGAUCAAGACGACGAGACGAGCUUCUCGAUGACCGCGAAGAUGCCGCCCACUUCCGACGACUCCGAGACGAUGGUCAGGAUCACGGCGCACAUCUAGACGCCGACUUCAUCGGCACCUCAGCACACCCGCUCAAGGGCGCCAUCAUCUCCAUCACCGGUCUGAGCGAGUCCAAAGCUAGUCUCACGCAGUGUGCUCGCGAGCUGGGCGCUCGAGUCGAGGGCAACCUCACCGAAGACGUCACGCAUCUCAUAGCAGACCGACCAGGAUCGGAAAAGUAUCGCUUUGCUCUCGAGCUCGGCAUGCACAUCGUCAGCCCGGCCUGGAUCCUCGACAUUCGCGAUGCAUGGCUGAAGGGAGAAGACGUCGAUGCAGAAGAGCUCGAACAGCAUCACCAGCUGCCUGCCUUGAGCAACACCACCCUCUGCUUCUCGGCUGUGACGGGUGCAGAGCGUCGCAGGCUUGUCGCCCUUGCGACCGAGCUUGGCGCUACUGUAUCCGACGAGCUUCGAUUUGACGGCACCAUCACCCACCUCGUCUCUGCAACCUCUGACCCAAGUGCUUCCAGCAGCGUGCAGCAUCUCCUUCACUUUCUCGACCGAUCCCGGCAUGGUCGAAAUGGCUCUCGAGAACAGGCUGCGUCACGCCUUUUGGCGGUGCGACCUCAGUGGCUUGACGACUGCCAACAGGCGGGAGGCUGUCUCAGCGAGCAGACCUACUCGAUCUUUGUCCAGCUUCCCGAUCAAUACGAGCGCUCGGCAUUGAUCAGCAAAGCCCGAACAAAGCUUCCUUCGCCCUUCCUUCGCCAGCAGGAGCCCGUCAUAGUGCCUCUGCAAAGUCCGUUCAUCGCCUCGAGUCGGACCAAGCUGGCUUUGGCCGAGUCUGUGCAAGACAGCGACGCCAGUCACGCCGACGAUCCGGAAGACGACCAACCUAUUACAUUAGGAUCCCGACAAAAAGCAGCCGCCGCGGGCGACAAAUCUUUCGACAGCAUCCUAUCACAGCUCAGGAGCCAUCAAGCGUCCUCGACAUCACGCGAUCCUCUGAAGUCACACGGAACUUUAUCGCACACAUCACAUGCAACUCUUAACUCAGCAUCUUCCGCUCCUACAUCGAUAUCUACAUCCGCACUUGCUCCUCCGUCCUCAACAUCCACCACUACCCCCACCACCACCACCACCAUCACCCGUCCCAGCUCCCAUCGCAACGGCCUUCUGGGCAUGUCCCGCGCAUCGAGCUUCUCACCCGCACCUCCUGCUCCCACCACCAACCCUCCCACCAUGCGCAAGACUUCCGCCAAACUCGUCACUCUUCCGCAACUUGGCGAAUCCACCAGCACUAAGGAGGCCACCCGCAGCCAGCUAUGCUUCCAAGACAAGAGCUUCAAGAUCUGCUGUUACAACCCGCAACAAACCACGACUCUGGAACAGAAAUUGGAGAGCAGCGGCGGCACGGUCCUCCCGCUCAGCUCACUCGCAUCGGCAGACUUUAUGCUCGUCGAGCCUAAAGCGUCCGCGGCCUACCUCAAAGCCCUUGACAAAGGCAAGACGGUGCCUGUGCUGCAUUACUGGAUCGAGUAUUGCCUCCACCACGAAGUCUUUGUCGAACCGCAAGACUACUUUGCCGCUCUGCCAGCUCGCGUGCCCUUGCCCUUGCCCCACGGCAACCAGCUGAGGCUGCUGCUGAUUGGUUUUGAAGCCGACACGCCGGAGCUCUACCAUGCGAAACAGCUCGUCGAAGAAUUGGGCGGCACCGUCGUCAAGCAGCUCAAGGGCGAGUCCUUGACACAUGUCGUCUGUGCAUCCCCCGAGAGCCUUACCGGACGACGAGCUGAGCGCGCGCGCAGCUGCGGAGUACCCGUCGUCGGACUCGAAUUCCUCAUCAACGCAAGGCAGACCGGUUCCAUCCUCCCUCCGCCAACUCGAAUCGCGAUCCCGGAGCUAUCGCCGUCCGCUGUCACCGCCAGUAGCAUCAGCACUACGCUGCCGUCAGCCGAAGCGGACGAAGACGAAGACAACGAUCAAGGAGAAGAAGCCGAUGAUCAGCCAGACCUUCCUCUGACAGGCUGCACGGUGUCGAGAUCCAAAGCGCUGGCCGCACAGAGCGCCUUGUUUGAACGCAAGGUCUUGCAGCUCGGAGGAUGCUGGCAGGCUCAGGUCAACGAGGACACGACGCACAUGAUCCACCGCGGCGCCGGACAGCCUCGAGAAAGCAAGGACCUGGACCGAUUUGCCUUCGUCGUUCAUCCGAAGUGGCUUGACAAGUGCAUUGACGAGGUCUUUCGAGUCGAUGAGGGCCUCUUCCCUGCCUCCUUGAACCCUGCCAAGUCGCUGAACACUGUCCUGUCCAACUCGGACGGAUCUGCGAGCGGCAACUUUCUCUCGCAGGCAUCGCAGUCUGCGAAGCAGCGCCGACCGACCUCGCAGCAUGACACACAGGCAAGUCAACAGACGCAGACGGCGCUCGCAAAUGCAGCAAAGCCCUGGAGUCGUUCCAUCUCGGCCGACGCAAGCACCCGUGCCAAUGCAAACAUCUUCAACGGCGCAAGUCUCAAACGAGCUCGAUCGGGCACGAGGGGUCAGUCGGAAGAGAUCGCUGCUCCUCACAGAGGCGGUGCGCCGGCAGUGGUCAACGCGAGCACAGACGAUGCAAGCUUUGACGCCGAUGUCACACUCAGCGGUCAGGUAGACGAGCAGCUCGGUAUCGACGAUGACGACGCAGCGCCAGCACCGUCGAGUCAGACGUUGAUCGAAGGCGAGGAGCUAGAAGCCGAUGACUCGAUUCGCGACGUGCGCAGCGCGCUGCCUCCGAAAGGACAGCAGAAGGAGGUGCUCGAGCCGAAGCAAGCCGACGCUGUGGCAUCGGCAGAGGAUCCAAGGCCUUCCGCAGACGACGUCAUCAAGCUUCUCCAGAGCCGUGAGCUAGGCAAAGCCAUCCGCAAGAAGAGCCGAGCUGCGCCUCGCGCCCGCAAUCAGCGCUCCGACGAGCACAAGCUCACAGGCGCUGCGACGGACAGGAAUCUGCCGCCGGAGCAGAUCCUCGAAAGACAGGCACAACUCGACGCUCAGCGCGCUGCCGAUGCUGCAGCCAACGGAUACUCGCUCGGCAUGGACAAGUUUGAGUCCCUGGUGUCGGCGAGCCUGGCCAACCAGAGCAUGGACGCCCGUGGCCGCGUGAUCUGGAACGACGACCGGGCUCAGCAAGAGCAAACGAAAAUGAUCAAGAUGCUCGAGCAGCAGAAUCAGGCCGCCAGCGCCAUGGAGGAUCUCGAGAACCAUGCGGACCUGGUCGGGACUCGAGAGGACCACGUCGAAGAGGUCCAGGUGACAGACGUUGCUGACGACGCGCAGGCCCACGGAUCUCGCAAGCGUGGCGCUGAGGACUCGUUCGGCGCAGGAAGACGAGGCAGACACGCUUGGGAGAAUCGCAACAGCGAGAGUCCCACGAAGAGGCCCGUGGUGCGUCGGCAGCCCCUGGGCCGCUACCCAAAGUGA